AUGGCAAACAAAAAAAUGGUCAAAGCGUGCACUAGGUGCCAGCAACGAAAGAAGAAAUGCUCUGGUGAUCUACCAUGCGAAUAUUGCAAUAAAAUCGACCAACCCCAGAACUGUGAGUAUAAAACAAAAGUAAAAUCCAAGACGACCAAAGUCACGGAAAGGUACGUAACCUCUCUGAAAAAUAGAAUAUGGGAGCUAGAAGCAGAACUGACCAAAUCCAGAGUAGAAACGACCCCUGAUUAUGAUGAAGGACUAAGCACCUCAGAAAUGAAUCCGCUUUUAGAACCCCCACAUGGUAUGGAGUUUCGUCCAAAAAGUUCAGGACCAAAAACGUCGAGUCAAUAUCUGGGAAUGUCUGCUUGUGCUCAGUUCUUAAGGAAGCUGAAGCAAACCUUAGCGGACUCUCGCAAUGGGGGCUUACCUGUUGGAGCUGUCACUAAGGGUUUGGUGCCCAAUAACAUCGAAUUUAGCCUGGAUCGGAAAUACGUCGAAAAUCUGGCCGCAGAAUGUCUUCCAGACAUAGAAGAUGCCAAAGUACUUAUCGAUAAUGCCUACAGGAUGAUUGGUGCUGAUUACAUGUACAUUGAAGCGCGGUACUUCGAAAAUACCGUCAAACACGUGAUAUACGAUGAACAGGUGCCACAUCAACCAUUGGAGCUGCUCGCCUUCACAAUCGAGCUUCUUAGAUUUUUUAGCUACUUGGCACUUGGUUCCCUGUUUGACAGAAAGAAUCAGGACUCGAAAUCUUUGAGUUUGAAAUUUCACCGUACUGCUAUAUCGCUCUAUGGGCAUCUGGCAAACAUGUAUGACCAAGCUGCAAAUGCUUCGUUAGUACAGUCUUUAUUGUGCAUUGCUUAUUUUUCUUUGUCGCAGAACAAAACCAUUUUUGCAUUCACAACGGUAGGGACUGCCAUUCGAACUAUGUUUGCACUCGGAUACCAUAAGACUACGCGAUCGGACAGGGAAAGUCGUACAUUUUGGUUGUGUUUCAUAUAUGAUCGCUUACUCGCCGUGAGGUUCGGGUUUCCAUUGAUGAUAGAUGAGCGUGAAAUAAAUGUUCCAAUGUUCAACGAAGCAGAAGAAGCACAGACCACAAGAUCGCUAGAUAUGUAUCAUUUUGCCGCCCAAGCCAGACUUGCUAUGAUCACAACAAAAGUUAUCACCAUGAUAUACUCUAAAAAUUCGUUUUCAUUUCUGCGCAACUGCUACACCGUAUUGAAGCGGCUGAAGAGUUGGUUUGAUAUACUUCCUGAUGAACUCAAAUUUGAUUAUAACAAUAUUAAGACAGGUUUGAUAAGAUCAACAGUCAAUUUGCAUAUCAAUUACAAUUAUUCGAUUAUAAUCACCACUAGGCCUGUUUUACUGUACUUGUUCAACGCCAUUCUGACCAGAAGAGAUGAUAAAGAAAAGAUAUUCGAACAACGUCAGUUUGACUUGAUGCGUAUUCUGCUCGAAUCAUGCAUUCAAGCUGCAGAGAUUCAGAGUGGGAUUUUAACCCGACUCUAUCACGAUGGUAAAAUGGCAAAUAGCUCAUUUUUAGACUGCCACUACAUCUACAGCGCUACAAUCAUACUGGUUUUAGCUGGAUACUGUCAAAGGCUUAUGAAAACAAACGUUAUCUAUCUUGGGGACAUUGAAAGCUUAUUCGAUGCUAUCAACAACAACUUGAAGAUACUACAGAUAAUCUCGGAAUACAAUGCAGCUGCUAGCAACUUUAACGAGCAGCUUACUGAACUCAUAGAUAUGAUAAGUUCCGAAGAGGUCAUGGGGGUUUCGAGUCCCGAUUCCACACAAAAACAGAGCUCUGUUCCGUUCCCCCGAGCUUCUCUUAGCCCAAUUGCUAUGCCAGAAGAUGGUUCAUUUGAUGGAAGAGAAUUUGACAUGAAAGACGUGGGAUUUCUAGAUUUGUCGGACGUGCUAAAUAAUAUGACCAGUCAAUCUCUGGCGGGGACAUCUGUGGACGAAUUCUUCGAUACCGAUUUCUCGAGAAGCUAUACAGAUGCACAAUAA